AUGGAAGUUAGAUAUGAAGAAGAGGACCACCAAAACCUUCUCUUAGGGGAAGGAUCAGCUAGAAGGCCCAGCAACACUCUAAGCCCAGCAAUCCAACAAGCAGUGGAAAGAACCCCAUCAACGCUUAGAUUGGGAUCUUCAUUGGCUCAAGAUAGAAGGUCAAACCCUCCAAGGGCUGUCAAAAAGAAAGCUCCACAAGCAAAACAGCCUCCGAAGAGAAAGACUAUAGCUAAGGUAACCGGAGUUACUAGGUCCAGAGGAAACAAAAGCCCUAUCCAAGGUGCUCGAGCUUCAAAACAACUUGCCGCCAAAGCUAGACCAGCCGCUCGGAAAAGGCUGUGUGUGGAGGAAAACAAAAGCCCUAGUCAAGUUUUACCUUUGAAUAAGGAUGGUUUUCCACAGGUUGUGGGCGAUGGGGUAGGAACUAACAGAGGCUUGGGAGGUGACUUGACAGUUCCUAGAAUCUGGGAGCUGAGACAUGUUCAAGCACCGGAUAUUAUGUAUCUAAUGGAAACGAAGAAUCAACCUGAUUUCGUUCUUUCUACCCUGAAAUCUUCUGAUUAUACUCAUCACUUCCUAGUACCACCGUCGGGUCUAAGUGGAGGACUGGCCCUCUUGUGGAAGCACGACAUAAACCUAUCAGUGCUAAAAUCCUCUCCCAACUUCAUAGACACCAAAAUAAUCUAUAAAAACAAGACUUUAUUCAUGACCUUCAUUUAUGGCACACCUCAACAAGAAAAGAGAGCAGAGUUUUGGGAGGAAAUCUCGAUCAUGGGGCAAGGGAGAGAAGAAGCUUGGGCCUUAACCGAUGAUUUUAAUGAUAUCUUGGACAACUCAGAGAAGAGUGGAGGUCCAGCAAGAUAUGAAGGGUCUUUCAUCGCAUUCCGUAGCUUUGUCUCAAUACAGAAGGAGAUCAAAGCCAGAGAAGUCUUACUGAAGCAAGGAGAACUGGAACAGGCUCUCACAGAGACUACACCAGAUAUAGGCAAGAUAGCAGCACUCUCGGAAGAACUAAGUAGAGCCUAUAAAGCGGAAGAGCUCUUUUGGAGACAAAGGAGCAGAAUCAUUUGGUUACAGGAAGGGGAUAGAAACAGUGCUUUCUUCCAUCCAGUGACCAAAGGUAGGAAGGCUCGCAACAAAAUUACUGCAAUAGAGAAUGAGGAAGAUGAAGUUGCAAAGGUCUUUGCAGAUUUCUACCAAAAGCUCUUCUCCUCCAAUGGAGCCGCGAAUUUUCAGACAGUGGAGGAAACUUUCUCAGAGCGUAUUACACAAGAGAUGAACGACACCCUCUGCCAGAUUCCAAACGAGGAAGAAGUGAGACAAGCUACCUUUGCGAUUCAUGCUGAUAAAGCACCUGGAGCAGAUGGCUUCUCAUCCAGUUUCUACCAGUCUUUUUGGAGCCUGUUAGGCCAUGACAUUUACCGAGAGAUUCGUAGUUUCUUCACCUCAGAUUCUAUGAACCCUUUGAUCAACGAGACGCACGUCUGCUUGAUCCCCAAAGUAACAGGCCCAACAUCAGCAGCAGAAUACCGACCGAUCGCCCUUUGCAACGUCAGGUACAAAAUUAUUGCUAAGAUUCUCACCAGCCGGCUGCAACAACUUCUCCCAAACCUAAUAUCGAAGCAUCAGUCAACGUUUGUCCCAGGAAGAGCCAUCUCAGAUAAUGUGUUGAUCACGCAUGAAACCCUUCACUAUUUGAAAACAUCAGGUGCAAAGAAGAGAUGCUCCAUGGUCAUUAAAACCGACAUGAGCAAGGCGUAUGACAGAAUAGAAUGGGGUUUCUUAGAAGAGGUGCUGAAGAGACUCGGCUUUAGAAGAUUGUGGAUUCAGUGGGUUAUGGAGUGUGUUACCACGGUGAGCUACUCUUUCCUCAUCAACGGAUCACCCUACGGGAAGAUCUUCCCCUCCCGAGGCCUUAGGCAAGGGGAUCCGCUCUCUCCAUAUCUCUUUAUCCUCUGUACAGAUAUUUUAUCAGGCUUAUGUAAGAACGCUCAGACCAACGGUAGUCUUCCUGGUCUGCAAGUAUCACAGAGAAGCCCGUUUGUUAAUCAUCUACUCUUCGCUGAUGACACAAUGAUCUUCUGCAAAACGAAUGAGAGAAACUGCAGAGCUUUGAGUUCUAUCCUUAAAAGAUAUGAACUUAGCUCGGGCCAGAGCAUUAACCUGAUGAAGUCAUCGAUCACUUUCUCUUCUAAAACGCCAGAGAGUAUCAGAGAAAGAGUUAAAUCAAAGCUGGGCAUUGACAAAGAAGGAGGUAUGGGGAAGUACUUGGGAUUGCCGGAGACCUUUGGUCGGAGUAAGCGAGACGUUUUCACAGGAAUGGUUGAUAAUAUUAGGCAGAGAUCACAGUCUUGGACUACCCGUUUCCUUUCAGGAGCAGGGAAGCAUGUCAUGUUACAAUUUGUGUUAACCUCUCUCCCGACGUACUCCAUGUCAACCUUCAAAAUCCCAAGCUCUUUGUGUAGAAGAAUCCAAUCUAUCCUCACAAGAUUUUGGUGGGACAGUUCCCCAGACAAGAGAAAGAUAGCGUGGGUAGCAUGGAGUGUUAUGGCUUGUCCUAAAUGCCUGGGGGGACUUGGCUUUAAAAACAUUGAAGACUAUAACGACUCACUCCUUGGAAAGCUUAGUUGGAGACUACAGAGUAACCCAAACUCACUCCUUGCUCAAGUUCUAAAAGGCAAGUAUUUUCCGGACUGCUCUUUCUUGGAGAGUGUUGACAAAACAGGUUCCUCGCAUGGGUGGACAAGCAUUCAAGUGGGAAAGGAAGUGUUAAAGAAAGGGUUGGGUUUCAUUGUAGGGUCUGGAGAAAAUAUCAGUGUCUGGUCUGAUCAUUGGCUCUCCUCCCUAAGCCCAUCUGCUCCCAUAGGACUACCAACCCUCUCCAACCAAAACCUUAAAGUGGCUGACCUGAUGAACCCCCAAACCAAUGAGUGGUAUUUGAAUAUGAUCCGUCAACACUUGCCUCAGUAUGAGGAUAUUAUCAGACUCAUCAUUCCAAGCUCCUCAAGACCCUUGGAUAGAUUAGUUUGGCUUCCGGAACCUUCAGGAAAAUAUUCAACAAAAUCGGGGUAUAGAAAGCUCUUUGAGGAUAAAGCAAUCCUUACCCCUGACUCCUUCAAUUGGAUGAGUAAUGUCUGGAAGCUUCACUACCCCCCAAAGCUUCAUCACUUCCUGUGGAGGGCCCUUAACAAUGCGCUACCAGUAGGCACCCUGUUAGCUACUAGGGGAAUUGACUUGGAGCUGAAAUGCAAAAUAUGUGGAGAAUUGGAAACCAUUCAUCAUCUACUCCUCUCCUGCCCUUUUUCUGUAGAAGUUUGGUCCAAAGCCCCUCUCGUAACUCCUGUAGCCAGUGUCUCACCAGACUUAUCUUUCAAAGCGUGGCUGGCUUUGCAUAUAAAACAAGGCGCUCUUCCCCCGUUAGGACUAACUUCAGCACCCCUCACCCCGUGGCUGCUAUGGAAUCUUUGGACAGCUCGAAACAAGUUUAUCUUUGAAGAUAAAAUCUAUCAGGUGGAAGAGGUUAUCUCAAAAGCAGUAGCGGAUGCUCCAGCUUGGGAGAUUGCUAAUGCAAUGAAGCUGAAGAAAAAGCAGGAAAGAAUAUCACCAGCAGAUGGUGAAGUGCUAUGUAGAGGCUCCUCUGCUCGCUCACACGUUUGCUCUGCAUUGAUGGCGGAAGCCCUGGCUUUGCGUGAAGCUCUCAGGAAGGCGAAGGAGUUAAACCUUCAGUGUCUCCAAGUGUUCUCGGACUCUCAGGUCCUUGUUUCGACCCUGCGAUCAGGGCUGGACAUGAACGAGAUUGCAGGUGUCCUACAAGACAUUCAAUUCCUUGCCACUCUCUUCUGUCCCCUAUCUUUUAUUUACAUUCGGCGUUUAGAAGACUCUCAGGCUGAUUCUCUAGCUAAAUCAAGCAUUUCUCGUUUCAUUAAUGUUGUAUGA